AUGGUCUUUGACCGUCUUCAACAGUUGACCUACCAGGUCAAUGCCACCUCCCCUCCAGCGCAUCCUUUUGACCCCCUCUCAACAGCAGAAAUCGACGCUGCUGUUGCCCUUAUCCGAAAGGAACAUGGCACGGUGAACUUUAACGCUGUAACCUUGUAUGAGCCGCGCAAGGCGGAGAUGAUGGCAUGGCUGUCAGAUCCACAGAAAGCCCCUCGUCCCACACGCGCGGCUGAUAUUGUUGCCAUUGCUCCGGGGGGCAAGGUUUAUGAUGGAAUCGUCGAUCUAGAUCAGAAGAAGAUUGUUCAGUGGAAACAUACACCCGGUGUGCAACCGCUAAUUACGAUGGAGGAUUUGCAAGAUGUGGAGCAUAUUGCCCGGAAAGACCCGAAAGUCAUCGAACAGUGUGGCAUUAUUGGGAUCCCGAAGGAAGAUAUGGAUAAGGUGUAUUGUGAUCCUUGGACCAUUGGGUACGACGAGCGUUUUGGGACGAGCAUCCGGUUGCAGCAGGGUCUUAUGUACUACCGUCCUCAUGUCGAUGAUAUGCAGUACACGUAUCCUUUAGAUUUCUGCCCUAUCUACAAUGCCGAGACGAAGGAAAUUAUCCACAUUGAUGUCCCUCCUGUACGGAGACCCAUCAGCAAAGCCCCUCCUAAUAAUUACCACCCGGCAGCGAUCGAGAAGGAGGGGGGUUUCCGAACAGACUUGAAGCCAAUUCACAUCACACAACCCGAGGGUGUGUCAUUCACAGUCAAUGGACGUAUCAUUGAGUGGCAAAACUGGAGCAUCCAUGUUGGUUUCAACUACCGAGAAGGGAUCGUUCUCAACAAUAUCACUUUUAAUGAUAAAGGAAAUAUUCGUCCCGUCUUCUACCGUCUUUCGCUGGCCGAGAUGGUGGUGCCAUAUGGAAAUCCCGAGCAUCCUCAUCAACGGAAGCACGCUUUCGAUUUGGGAGAAUACGGUGGCGGCUAUAUGACGAACAGCUUGUCUCUUGGUUGUGACUGCAAGGGUGCUAUUCACUACAUGGAUGCCGCAUUUGUUAACCGUGCAGGAGCUAGCACCAUUGUGAAAAAUGCCAUUUGCAUUCAUGAAGAAGAUUCAGGUAUUCUAUUCAAGCACACUGACUUCCGUGAUGGAUCGAUGGUUAUCACCCGUUCCAGAAAAUUAAUUAUUUCCCACAUCUUCACUGCCGCCAACUACGAGUACUGUGUAUACUGGAUCUUCCACCAGGACGGUACUGUCCAGCUUGACAUCAAACUGACUGGAAUCCUCAACACCUAUGCUAUGAACCCAGGCGAGGACACACAUGGCUGGGGUACCGAGGUCUACCCUGGUGUCAAUGCACACAACCACCAGCACUUGUUCUGUCUGCGAGUGGAUCCCAAUAUUGACGGGCCCAGCAACACAGUCUUCCAGGUUGAUGCUACCCGUGGUUCUGGGGAGCUCGGAAGUACUGAAAAUAAGUAUGGUAAUGCGUUCUAUGCCAAAAAGACCAAGUACACUACACCACUUGAGGCGAUGUCGGACUACAACGGUGCUACUGGCCGGACAUGGGAAAUGGCCAAUACCAACAAGCUGAACCCUUAUAGUAAGAAGCCUGUUUGUUACAAGUUGGUCAGUCGUGAAGUUCCUACCCUGCUUCCCAAGGAGGGUGGGUUGGCCUGGAAGCGAGCUGGAUUCGCCAGGCAUGCUGUGCAUGUCACCAAAUACUGUGAUGAUCAGAUCCACCCUGCUGGUCGCCACGUUCCACAGACCUCUGGUGAGCCUUCACUGGGUCUACCGGCUUGGAUCGAGGAGGCUGGCCCUAGUUGCUCCAUUGACAAUACGGAUGUCGUAUUGUGGCAUACUUUUGGUCUGACGCAUUUUCCGUCUCCUGAGGAUUUCCCUAUUAUGCCAGCAGAGCCGAUGACUUUACUUCUUCGUCCAAGGAACUUCUUCACCCGCAAUCCAGCUUUGGACGUGCCCCCGAGCUUUGCCAGUACCCCAUCCCAAAUUGCAGCCAGUAGCACAGCAUGCUCGUGUAAGAAGAGUGAUGGAUCCAGCGUACAAGUUUGA